UUUUACGACCUUCUCUAGUUUCAAAUUGGUUUACAAUCUUUGAGUUUUAAGAGUAAAAUGUGUCUAUGUUUUAUCAUUAUUAAAAUCUAGCGUGGAAGAUGGUUUUACAAAGUGGAAUUUGAAAAAGAAGCAGACUACUGCAACGACCGUGUAGCUCAAGCCAUACUGCACUGUAUUGUUCCAUGCACGCUGUGCUGUGUUGCAUUUGACUUUCUUCUGAAAUCUUAUCGGCUUUAAAUACCUACGAAGGCAUUAUAUAUUUUUUUCCUUAAUCUCCGUGUUGUAAUACCAACGUGGGGCUUUUUAUGGAUCGAAGAAGCAGAAGGAAGCCCUUAUAUUAGUACUUACUGUUGAGGCGCUGACUGGAGGAAAUCAAGCGUCUGAGUGAUAUUUUAUUCGACGAAUCUGGUCCUCCUCUAGCUUCAUAAACAAACGUGUUAUCCCAAGUAAAGUUUCGUGUUUUGAGUCUUUGACUGGCCAUCUUCUCUUCAACAAUGAUUCCUAGCAGCAACCCAUUGCGUUUAUUUCAACAAAUGGAUUUAUCAUCCUUCCUGACAUCAUCUCUGUACUGGAACACUGUGCCAGGCCGACUGCUCCAUGCUCUCCAGAAGCCCCAGUUCGCCGUGACGUCUUUCCAAACCUCCCGAAAUUUUCAUGGAGAAUUGAGAGCCAUCUCUCCCACGUCGAAUUGUGAGCAAAACGCUCCGCACCCCACUCCGAUACAUUCGUCAGGCAGUCUUGCACCACAGCGAACCCUGCUGGGACCGCGUUGGUCGCUCCUUUCGCACGUCCCCGUCUACCGUCAGCACACGGCGUAUUUCUGCACAACGUGCGGCCACUUCCGACAUUUCCAUGUGGAGAAACACGAUGACCGACGCCGGAUGAUGUCGAAAUCUGUGGAAGGACGCGCGCAGUCUUCGAACGAAGUCAGGACUUCCGCGUCGACCUCUCCUGCUUCGCCCAUGGAUAACGCCAACCAGAAGACCGUGUUCGACCCUCACAAUCAAGAGGCUGAUCAGUUUUAUGCACUGUUGGAGAAAGGCAAGAGAAAUGUCCGACGGAGGGAUCCGGAUCCCGCUCCGACCAUCGCCGAAGAGCAGUUGCGGAAGGAAAGCGGCGCGGAUGCGGAGGGGCUCGCGGAGAAGGCAGAGGAGGAAGGGAACAAGAAGGUGACGUUGUGGACAAAAUUUAAGGAUAUGUAUAAGAAGUACUGGUAUGUGCUGUUGCCCGUGCACGGCGUGCUGUGCGUGACGUGGUAUGGAGGAUUCUAUUUUCUUGCUUCCAGAGGCGUGGAUGUGAUCCCCAUGCUGGAGAAAAUGGGCGUCAGUGAGACUUGGAUUGGUUACAUUCGUAAAUCUGGAGCCGGUCACUUAGCCGCCGCUUUUGCCAUGUACAAGUUAGCCACCCCACUGCGCUACUCGGUCACUCUGGGAGCCACAACAGUCGCUAUUAAUUAUCUAACGAAACGCGGCUACAUCAAGCCGGUGCCCAGUGCAGCCAAGAUCAAGGAGAUGAUCAAAGACCGCGGAGAGAAACUCAAAGUCUUGUCGCGACGGGGGCGACGUCGCCUCAGCCGGAUUCGGGAUAAGUACGGAAAGCUGAAGAAAGAUGCGGCCCCCAAUGGGAAAAUAAAACGGGAUUGAUUGUGAUUGUGCCUUGGUAGUCUUUUGUUUUGGGCUUUCUUAGGAAAGUCUUUUUGUAAUUAUGUUGCUAAAUUGGUAUUAUGUAUUGUACAUGUGGCGAUCGACAACUGCACUGUGUGUGACUUACUAGAGCGUUUUUUGUUUGGGAGGCAACGAGUGAUGCGUAUAGUGGUUCCAGUCAUUAAAUUUUGAUAAAAAGAU